AUGAGCGGUACUGAGGAGAAAAUCUCACCCGAGUUGCAGCAGUUCUUACUCAAUGAGCAAGCAAAGGCUCAGAUGCAGCAGACAGUCGCACGAUUGACAGACACAUGCUGGGACAAAUGCGUUGGCACACCAGGUCGCUCUUUGGGCAGCAGAGAGGAGGCUUGUCUCAGCGACUGUGCAAAGCGGUUCAUAGAAACAACUCAGGUAUGA